GGAGGGGCGUCUAGAACGUUCACCUGGACCUCCGAGUGAUUGCAGAAAGCUUGAGAGCGAGCAGGACAAAACUUUCAACUGCACACAAGCAUUACUGAUGUGGACAUCUACUUCCAGAGGAACUGUGUCUGACGUUGAUAGCAUGAACUAAAGCAAAAUGGCCGUUCAUUCUCCUCGACAUGCACGCAGCAAAUCAGAAGGAACACUGAUUGACCUGGAUGAAAACCCAUCAACAAAUAACAUAUUUUUAAAAGAUAGCAGCUACCGAGAUGUUUCGUAUGGACAAGAGACAGAUUUGCUGAAAGAUUGGAAUGAAGUGGUAUUUGAUCAUUCUAGCCGCACGGUUUCUCAACCCACAAAUCCUUUUUGGAAUGGUUUGUCAGGAUCAAACCCAUUCUUAGAUGAGAUUACCAAAAUAAGUGAGAAUAAGACACCAAAUCCAGAAUCUGUGUUAAAGGAGGACCCGCUGCUGCUACUUGAAGAUUCAAGACCUGCUGAGUCUGGCUCUUCAGCUGAUGAAUUGGAUAUUAAUCACCUAAUCUAUAUUGGAAAACCUUUUGCAAAACAGCAUGGAAGGUGGAAAAGUGCUUCUGACAUUUUGGAUUUUUCAAACAAAGAAGUUCCUCAGAAUAAUCGUCCAGUGAGUCAAUUUAUGGUUCCCAAUUUGGAGUCAUUUCAGAAUGAUAGAGAAGCCUACAAAAUGGCAUGGCUGAGCCAUAGACAACUAACUAGAUCUUGUCUCGAUUUGGAUAUGAUAAGCCAAAAUCCUGGUUGGGGGCAGACACAAGCUAUUGAAACCCACAUUGUUUGUAAAAUUGACCAUAAAGGGGGAUCACUUCAGUUGCCCGAAUCAGAUAUAAGUGUCCACAUACCUGAAGGUCAUGUUUUGCCAGGUGAAAUUCAGGAAGUGGCUGUAAAGUCAUUGCUUGACCCACCUCAGGUACUUAAUAAUGAUCUUUGCACAACUAUUGGACCAUUACUGGAACUGAAACUGAGCCAUUUAAGGACCCAAAAUUUUGUUUCUUUGGAAAUGAAGGUGACCGCUGAAGUGAAAACUGAUCCUAUGAGUCAGGUUAUGACUGAAAUUGUGUGCCUUUGCAGUGAUGCAAAGGAGGGCCCUUUUGAGAAGCUGCAUGACAUUUACAUAUAUAAAGAUGUCAUGCAGGUAAAACUGAAAACAUUGAGUCCUUGUAUGUAUAUUGUUGCAGCAGUUCAAGCUAAAGGCAUUCAGCCUCCUGCAUCGACAGUAUGGGACUACCUGAAUAAGGUGAUGACCUUUGGAGUUUAUGGUCCCAAACAUAUUCAUCCAGUUUUCACUGCAGUUUGUGUAAUCUUUAGCCACAAUCAAGUUCCACAAAAUCUUACAGAUGUUAACAAAAACAAUAAAAAUUUACCACCAGUUGUUCUUCAACUUUGGGGAAAACAUCAGUUUCAGUUAGAUAGGCCAGAAGAUUUUGAAAUUUCAGUUUUUCCUGUUGACUCAAGGUACGAAGUACAAGUGUUUGAUCAGAAUGGAAAGAUUAAAAGAAGUUUAUUAAAACUAGGUAGAACAGUUCGGCAGCCUUUUACUUUGGCCAUGAGCAAAUCCGGCGAGAUUAGUCCAUUUCAACUUGAAAUUCAAGUUACAGGAGCCAACGGUGAUGUAAUAACAAAAUUCAACGUCCUGACACCCAUGCCAGCACCCAAAUCAAAUGUGAGAAGACAUUUUCAGAGAUGGAAAGAACCCACAAUAGCUGUACCACCAGGUGAAACAUCACCACCAGUUAACUAUCCCUCAUUUCAAGAGAGGCCUGUAAAUAUUCUUAAAUAUGGAGUGGCUCUGAAAACUGUGUUGAGGCAACCAAAGAUUGAAUACUUACUGGAAUAUUUUAAAGGUGACACAGUAGCACUUCUUGGAAUGGACAGAGUUAAAGCCAUUGGUCAAACAAGGAUCAAGGAGUGGUAUGUUGGUUUCAUACGUGGAAAAAUUGGCCUUGUACACUGCAAAAAUGUGAAGGUGAUUUCUGAGGAACAGGUCAUGGACUUCUCAGAUGUAAAGAUUACAACCAAGGUACUCCUCCACCAAAUUAUCAUUCCAUUUAAGAAGUUGACAUAUAUGUAUUCAUCCAUCCGUAAACUCAUAACUGAGAAUAUUUCUAAUUGGAAAGCAUUUGCUGGGGUUCUUGGAUACACUGACCUCUCACUGGAUAAAGUCUGCAGGAGAUCUUUUGAAAGUGAAUCAGAACGUGUUGCAUGUAUAUUAGAGAAGCUGAAAGAAGACUGCCACAGUGGUGACAAUAGGAUGAAAAGAAAAUUCCUGUACGAUGUUGUUCUGGGACUUUUAAAGCUUGAUUGCCAAGGAACAGUGGCUCACCUUGUUCAAGAUGUUGUAAUGCUCUCAACAGCUGUGGAGCUUGGUGUCCGUUGGAGGGAGUUAGGGGAAAAGCUAUCCAAACUCUCAAAACAGCAAAUAGAAUCAUAUGAAGCACCUCACAGAAGUAAAAGUGGCGAAAUUAAUCAGGAGACCAUGUGGAAACCAGCAUAUGAUUUUCUUUAUACAUGGAGCAUCAAGUUUGGUGAUGGAUACCGGGAUGUACUGCAAGAAUUGCACACUGCCCUGGAUAGAAUGAAAAAUCCAAUUACGAGACAUUGGCGACAACUAACAGGGGUUCUCAUUUUGGUGAACUGUAUGGAAAUACUAAGAGCUGCUGCAUUUGCCAAGCAUGAUGAGGAAUAACUCUCUUGUCUUUCAAAACCAUACCAUUAGAAACACAGACACUGAAUCAAUUCUGAACCAGGUUGUGAAGUGGGAAGGUGGAUGGAAGUAAAACAAUUCUCCAAGAAUGCAGUGACAUUUAAGAUAACUAUCACAAAACAAAACCGGAUAAGUUAUAGGGUAUGUGUACAUCUCCAGUGAAUUGAAAAUGGGUUAAGAUUUAAUAAUCAUUCUAUUUUCUCAAAUAUUUGCAGCUUAACACCCAAUGAGUUGAACCUAAUUACAGAAGUGAAGUGUUUUUGGAAAAUACUGGGUUAGAUGAAAAGCGGUUUCAUUUUUGACUUUUUCUUCUUUUUUGGGUGUUUGGCAUCUCUUCCACUUCAGAGCAUGAUAAUAGCAUUUGGACUAAGUUCUUCCCACAUCUAAUGUGGUUUUAAAAAUGAAAACAACAGUUCCUGUUGACCUUCAUGAUCAGUAAUUGAGUGAAAAUUGGAUAAAAUAUGCAUAAUGUGUAGGAUUCAUUUUUUUUCCUUUGGGAGCUGAGGACGGCCCCAUUAUUUCUCAGUAUUGAUUUUUAAAAUUUGACUAACUGCAUCUACGAAUGUAGUGGCAUAAGUAUGUAAAUACUUGGAUCCAUUAUCAUUUAUGAGAGUUAUAUCUCCACCAAAUCUAUAGUGAACCACUAGGGUCAUAUAUUUAGUAAAAUAAUGCACUGCUUGAUUUUUCUUUUUGACCAACAUAACCUUUGGAGCCUAUGCAUGGCCAUGAUAUUCAUAUGUUAUUCCUCAUGUGUCAUUUUACAGUUCACACAGUCUUAAUAUGUGUAAGAUGCUAACAGUAAAGGAAUAUCAUGUGAAUACAAUAAACACUAGUCUGACCACUAAUUUGAGUUUUAUUUUCAAAAUGAAUCACUGAUAAUAUAAAGUAUGUAGUUUCAGUGAUGCAGAAACAUUUAGUUUACUAUGAUGUUUACAAUAUUCUUAAAUUGCCUCCAAUGUCACCUUGAUUUAUGUAAUUUGCUGUCUCAUUCCUUUGGAUUUAAUACCUUUUAAAGGUCCCAGAAAAGAUGGUGUGUUCAGGUUCACAACCUGAACCCUCUACACUUGAGAUAAGAAGUUUCCCACUUUUAUUCUCUUCAAGUAACUAUUUCAUUAAGGCAUAGCACUUCAAAACUGCACUUCAAAGUGUUUAUAUCUAUAUAUAAAAAUGCUUAUGUUCCAUCAUGUGAAUAAGGGUUUUUUUAUCAUUAGCAUAUAAAUGCAUGACCCCAUCACACAGUUUUACACACCAAAAAUUGCAACAGGAUCACUGUUUUGUGGGAUGUUCAGAAAUGAAUAAACUGAUGCUUUGGGCCUGAAUUCCUAAUAAGCUCUCACUAUGUGUAAAGCUGUCUUCUGGGAAUAGAGUUUGUAAAAUUGCUUGUCGAGAGUAUAUUCGCAGAAUAAUGAGGAUAAUCUGAUAUGAUGAAAGAAAGCAUUUUCUAUUUGUGGGUGAUGUGUGCUCAAGAACAAGAGUAAGUGUCUAAUCUACAUCCACAGCUUAGCUACCAAAAGUUAAUAGUUGACAUAUUUCAUGUGCUGUCAUUAAACACUACCAAAAAUUGAUACACUGCCAUCCGAAACGGAGUUGGCACAUAUCCAUAUAUUCUAUUGCACCUGUUCUGAAAACUGCCAAAAUUUUUAAAAUGCUGAAUUCAAUAGUGAUUGCAAUAAUGUAAAUAUAAUUCAGUUUUUCUCUGGGUAUGAGUUAUUUCCUUUGUCUGGCCUUACUGCCUUGGACUUAAUACAAUUUAUAUGUGAGAAGAAAUUAAAUGAAAAUAUGGCAAUAAGUAAUAUUUAGGAAUAUUAGAGGUGUGGGGUAAAUCUGCUGCAGUAUGUAGUUCUCUUGCAAUAGGAAACAGCUAUUUUAUUUUUUCUUCCAUGGUUUGCUGUUUUCCUGUUCCUAGGGCUGAAGGGUGCUCAGCUGUAUGAUUUCUGAUUUUCUGUAACUGUGCGGGAUAACAGAAUGGCUUGUUUUCUUAGCAGAGUAAUGUAGUGCCAUAUGUGCUUGAAUUAAAUUGAAUGUUAACAUCUGUAUCCACAAAAUCUUAAACAAGAUGUUCUGCAGUUAUCCAGCUUUUUUAUUUUCUUUUUCUGUUUAUGUAGUUAUAUAUGCUAACCCUUUGUCACUUGUGGUUAUUUUUUUCGGAUUGGUCAGAGAGAUGACAAUCAUUUUAAAUUUAGUUUUAUGUUUAGUAGAUAUGAUAAAUGUUUCCAUAUUAAUCAUUUAAAAUAUUGCAACUGUUUUCUAAACAAUCUUGUAACUUGUCAAAUUUGGGACUGUAAAACACUGCAAAUUGCUGAUGUACAGUGCAAGGCACACAUGGUAUGUGCUGAACAUUUUUAAUAUAACCUUUUUCAUGAAAGUAUUGUGAAACAGAACUUUACAGAAAUACUUAACAUUAUUUACUCAUUGUCAAUAAAUAUUCUAAAUUAGGUUUAAGCUGCAUGUUAUGUUUAAAAGCCAAAUUUUGCACGGUUUAAAAUGGUGAUACCAAUGACUGAUCAAAUUGGAUCCCAGAAUGAAAUUUGGCUUGAUGGAUUUUUUAAUAUAUUUUAGGUAGAUUUAUAAAAGCCACUGCGGAAGAAAUUAAUUUUAACUUGUGCAUAUUCGGUGUUUGGCCUCUGAAAGGUGGGUAGAUAUCCACUUCCCUCCUGAAGCAAUGGGAAAGCUCCAACUUGGUUGCACAAGAUGGGAAGAUUCUGAAAAUAGUGAGAAGCCAAUAUUUGAUAAUUAGAAAUGACGACAGGAAAACCCCAAAAGUAGUACUGAAGGGUCUAGGCCUGAAACAUCAGCUUUUGUGCUCCUAAGAUGCUGCUUGGCCUGCUGUGUUCAUCCAGCUCCACACUUUAUCUCUUAUUACUGGCAGAGAGUAUUGCAGUGAAUAGAAUUCAAAUCCUUGAAAGUAAUUAAUAACUAUGCAAAACUAUUUUAGAAUUUAUAAUCUCAAAUCAAUUUAAUAUUGCAUUACUGUAUUACAGAGUGUCAAAACAAAGUACUGGUACAUUACUGCAACAUUGCUAUAGUACAGUCUAUAGAGUUUACAGUAGCAGAUUUUGAAGCAAGAAUGCAAGCUUAAAAGAUUACAGGUGAUGUUGAAAGACUACCAAUUUUAAAAUAGAUUUAUUAUUCCCAGAAUUUAACAAACACAUUAAGAGGAAAAGGCAGGAGACAUAACUCUUCCAUGAUGAUUCCAGAGUUAAGAGUUGACCAUAUAAAACAAUAUUGGGUAUCUUGGAGAAGGCAUUUCUUACGAUUCAGGCCUACUCAUAAGAUUAAGAUUAAACAUUAAAUCUGAGGCUCAUCAAGUAAAUUCAGUAUGUCAUAUGGUGAAUUAAGUUACUAAUUGCUAGACUAUUAGAGUUCAGAUACUUUUUGAAGUCCUAAAAUAUUUAGAUUAUCUCAAGAACAGAUCUGUUUUUCAAUAACAGAACUGAGAAAGUGAGCAAAUCUAAUUUACUAUGAAACUACAACAGGGGAUGAAUUAAGAUGUGCAAUCUGAUUAACAAUUCAUGGAAGCCAGCCCAAUAUCUGCAGAUUCUGGACAUGGUCAAGAAGAAGCAGUUGCCUGGUUAAGGUAUCCAGGUUACUGUCCAGUAAGAAGAGAACGUUAUCCGAAAGAGACAGUCUUAUUUACAAAUCAAGGAAGGAUUUUCACCAGAGCAGCUGUCUUUCGUGACUGAAUUGAAAGAUUAAAGGACCUUUGCAUGAUAUUACAAGACAGCCAGAUGAGUAAACAGAGAAGAGGCCCUCUACGAAGGGAAUUCGGGAGAUUAAAGGUUCUUCAGAUAAGGUUAUGGACUAAUGACAUGAUAUACAAGGGACAACAUCGUCCAUGAAAGAUAUCCAAGAGAUAAAAGAUCCUCCAACAGGGAAAUGAUCCACAGAUCAGAACUAACAUCGACAGUUCUCAAGCACAACAUCUAUUAUCCAUAAUCUGAAGAGAGGACAUUCUCAGAAAAUUGUGAAACGGCCAGGCUACCAGCCCUUAUGAAGCUAUUGACGUUGUGGAUGGCGUUAAUGGGGUAGUGGUAAAUACAAUACUGUUGCACACAUGAAUGUAUGUUUAGCUACGGAGAAAGGUUAGAGGGCAAUCUUGUAUAAAGUAACGAUUCUGAAGGAACUAAUUUUUGUAUUCUGUUAAGGUUGACUCAGUCUGAUGAUGUGAUAGUCUUUGGGUGCAGAUAGUUGAAAUGUGCUUGAGUACCUGAUGGAAACACAUCCUGUGUAGCUUCCAAGAGUUCUUUAUAAAUAGACUAGUAAGUUAAUAGCAAUAGUUAUAGUUUACAUUAUGCAAUGAACUACAUUGUUAUGUAAAACAAGUGCCUGUUCUGCUUCAACAGCCUCUAGGCUCAGAGUAGGGGAAAGGAAAAUUAGAGGCAGUAAAUUUACCUAAAGCAGCAUACUGGCAGCAGCGGUAUUUGAAAGGAUGGAAAUUUUUUGCUUCACGUGGAAACGUCACAUGAAUUAAGUUUUUAACAGUGCUUCUGCGAAUGGCCAUUUGGUUGUCACUAAAACCUUCCCUCUAAAUUUAUCUAAGAAAUCUGCAGUUUAAUAACACAAGACUCAUUGUAUAGAAAGAUUUUAAUUGUUGUUGGCAAAGUGUGGCUUGGAAAGGAUCCGUGCUGUCUCAUAAUA